GGCUGGAAGGGAAAUAAAUAGGAGACAGAGAGAUAGGGAAAAUCGGGAGGGAGAGGGAAUAAAGAAGCUGAGGAAAGCAUGGACACAGAGGAAGAUAGAAAGCACAAUUGGAGAGGGAGGGCAAGGCACAGCCAUAGAUAAGUCAACAUAUACUUAGGGAUGGAGAGGAAGUCUGGAGACCCUGGGACAAAGAGGAUGGUUCUGGCAGAAUGUUGAGAUUCACCCAGUUAUGAUGCCAGCCUUUUUCAAAUCCACUAAGCAUUUAAAGAGGAAAGUCCACCCUGUGCCCUUGGUUCAUCAUUCAGGUACUAAUGAGUCCAUUGGAUCUCAGUCACACACCUGUCCAGGGCAAAGUCUGCAGAACAAGUCAUCCUGGACAGAGGUUCUGAGGAGUUCGGCAGUGCAGGAGACAUUCUGCAUGGAGCAGCCACAAGAGUCGACAGCCAACCUGAACCUACAGCAAGGCCAUGUGUGGCCCAUCAAUCUCCUGCAGCAAAGGGAUGUUCCGCGGGCAGAACCAGCUACAGCACCUGAGCCAAACCUGAGCACUCACCUCCGGAAAUUGAACUGCUGCUCGGAUGUGUUUCAGUGCACACUGGUGAAUAUUCCACAGACUCUGGCACUGCUGAAACAGGUGAAACUUCCUCUGGGUCUUAUCUUCCAACCCUUCAAGGAUUCCAAGGAGCCUCCACUGCUGAUCACUGAUGUGCCCCCUCGCUGUUCAACGUGUCAGACCUACAUCAACCCUUUCAUCACCUUCAUUGACCAGCAACACUGGAAAUGCAACACUUGUUUCUCGCUCAAUGAUGUUCCAGGGAAUUUCCUCUUUGAUCCCAUGACAGGCAGUUACUGUAACCCGCACAGUCGGCCGGAACUGCAGCAUGCAGCACUGGAGUUCAUGGUACCUCUGGAAUAUCAGGCUGGGCGCCCUCGGCCUGUAACAUACCUGUUUGUGUUUGAUGUUAGUUACAACGCGGUGGAAACUGGUUAUCUGGGAAUUGUCUGCAAAACCCUGCUGGAGAACAUAGACAGGUUACCAGGUGAUUCACGGACCCGCAUUGGGUUCAUUACAUUUGACAGCACGGUGAACUUCUACCACUUGCACAGCAGUCUGUCUCGACCCCGCAUGAUGGUUGUGGCUGAUGUUGAUGAUAUUUUUAUCCCAAGUGAAGAUAAGUUGUUGGUGAAUCUGCAACAAAGCCGGCAGCUUGUUAUCUCUUUGCUUGAGGAAUUCCCAGUUGCAUUCAGGGAGACUCAGAAGAGGCAGUGCGCGUUUGGACCUGCAUUGCAGGCUGCUCAGAAACUCCUGAGGUAUUGUGGUGGGCGUGUGUCUGCUUUUCUGACCCAGUUACCCAAUGUAGGCUGUGGGUCCUUGCAACCCCGGGAAGACCCUGGCGAUAGUACUCUGGGAGCUAAGCACCUUGGUCCAGCCAUCGAUUUCUAUAAGGUGCUUGCACUGGAGUUCUGUGGCCAGCAGAUAGGAGUGGAUUUAUUCUUGUUGAGUCAGCGAUACACUGACCUGGCCUCCAUAGCUUGUCUUCCCAGGUACACAUGUGGCUAUGUGUACUAUUACCCAGCGUUCCAUCAUAUCCACAGCUCAGCCCUGGUGGAGAAACUCCAGGAAGAAUUCCGAAGCCACCUGACCGGCUCCAUUGGAUACGAGGGGUUGCUGAGGAUUCGAUACACACAAGGCCUCGUGCUGGAAACCUUCCAUGGAAACUCGUUCCUGCAGACAACGCAGAUGCUGUCCCUGCCCUGUGUCCGCCCUCAGGCAGAGUUUGCCUUUCAGAUGAUGAUAGACGGGGCUGUAACUGAGAGCUUGCUCGUGGUCUUCCAGUCCUCUCUACUCUACACUUCCUGCCAAGGUGAACGGCGGGUUCGAAUCUACACGUACUGCCUGCCGGUUGUCAGCUCCCUGAGUGAAGUUUAUGCAGGGGUCAAUAUGGCGGCUAUGAUGGGAAUUCUUUCAAAAAUGGCAGUGGAUCAUUCAAUGAGGCUCAGCCUCGCUUACACCCGAGAUGAGUUGAUUAGAGUUCUCAUUGAUGCUCUCCUUGCCUAUCGCGUCUCAGCAUGCAGUCCAAAGCAGCCCGCAUUCUCCAUCCCCCGCAGUCUACAGCAACUUCCACUGUAUGUCCUUGCCCUACUAAAGCAGCCUGCCUUUCAGACAGAUGCAGCCAUGAACCUGGACGAGCGGGUUUUCACCAUGUCCCAGCUGAUGAUACAGCCGCUGACCUUUGUUUUGCGGAUGGUUUACCCCGAUCUGUACAGGAUUGACGAUUACCUCCACAGCGAGUCUGCUGACAACGUCGCCCUGGAGGCAGGCAAGGGAUCAGUGAAGAGACCAGCCUUGAUACCGCUCAUGGCAGAGAAUCUUACUCUGCAAGGAGCCUUCUUAAUCGAUUGUGGUAAUGUUCUAUAUAUCUGGGUCGGUAGGCACUGCAGCACCAGUUUCCUGGAUGGUGUGUUAGGCGUGAGCAGCUACACCUUGCUACCAGGUACACUGACCUUGCUGCCCAUUCUACAGAAUCCCGCUUCUAAACUCCUCCAGGCAUUACUGGGAUCCUUAAGGAAGGAGAGACUUUACCAUGCACCUUGCUUCAUCAUCAAGGAUGAUAGUACCUCACGGUCCGUGUUCAUCAAGCGUCUAGUGGAUGACCGCACUGAGACGGCAAUGUCGUACUAUGAAUUUCUGCUUCACCUGAAAGAACGGGUGUGUAAGUGAUGUGCUUUCCCACAGGGAAAGAGGACUGGUUCACAGCGGCUCCCUCAAACAGCAUAGGCUCUUGAAAUAUAAUUUCCUCCUUCACCUGCAGUGCUGGAAUUUCAAUGUUAUUCUAACCAGGAAAGUUCUGAAAUAAAAUGGAAAAUGCUGGAAAUGUACCGCACAAGAGGCCCCUUGGUUUCUGUUCAAUGAAAAGACAAGUUAACUCUGAAGGCCAGUGAACCCUGUAAAUGGGAGUGAGCAAAAUGGGGAAGGGUGGGGAGAACAGUAAUCAGGUCAAGUAAGAAAACUCCAGCCCCACCCCGACCCAGCUAACAGAGAGCGUGCGGGAUUCACAACGUUCAAACAGAUUGUUUGAAAAUUGGAAUUGUGUUGAAAACUGUUGCACAAUCUGUUUGUGGCUGCAUAUAGUGACAUCACAAAUCCAGGCCAGAAGGGAAAUGAUUGGGUAAUUGGCAUGUCAAUCAUCCCAGAGACCGCAUUGCUAUAAGGGACUGGGACUGAUUUUGUACACAUAUUCUGAUAUAUGGUAUUGCUUUCUAUUAACCCCUGUGAUAGUUACUACUAUGCACACCAAGGCACUGACCACUCAAGAUGGGAUCAGUAACACAAUAACGUGGAUUCUUUACUUAGGGAUGGUUCAGCCAUGUACAGAGAGGUCUGCAUGAUACAGGUCUUCAGAUUGCCAGCAUACAGAAGUCACAUGGUUUGUUACAUCACAUCCCUUACACUGCUGGAAGUUGGAAACAAAACCAUAACUCUUACUGAUGUACCAAAACAUGUAGCUGUCCUCCACUCAAUGCAUCUUGCUGAAGAAAUACUCUUGCUUUAAUCAGCAAUCUCUGUUCUAGUUUU